UUCCCAAUUCGUUCACUCGUUCCUUUGCGCCGAAAAUCCGAAAAGAAUUGUUUUUUUAAUUUUAUGAUUAUGACGAUGAUGACGGCGACUGUGGAGUCGCCACCUGCCGCCGCCGCCCUGGGUUUCGCGGGUAAUCUGCACUUACUCGCGGAUGUGGCCAUAGCGCAAGAUGAGGCGGAGAAGGCCGCCGCUCUUGACAGGGAAAUUCUGUCCCUCCGCCGCGUGGCCGCCGCCAAGCUCACACGGGAAAAGAGGGUUUUGGACAAGUUUAAGGGAGACAUCAAGAAGAAAGAUUUCCUGAAGUUGGCCGCCUCUGUCAUGCCCUGGACCCCACUUCCGGCGGCGGGCCACAAGAGGAAGAGAGAAACGUCUUAUUCCCCGGAGCCCAUAAUAAUUAAUCGCCAAGAAGAAGAAGAAGAGAAACAAGGGGAGAAGAAGAAGAAAUUGAUCAUCAAGAUAAAGACUCCUGCGUCGGCAAACAACAGCCCGAAACAGAGCCCGAAACAGAGGGUUGAUGAUAUCUUUGCCCAUCAACAAGGCCCGGCCCCGGGCAUGCCGGAGAGAUUCAAGAAUAAGAUUCGGGAGCUAGCGGGGCCAAACGCUAUAAUUGGAGAGGAGAAGCUUCUGAUAGAAAAGGCGCUGACGGAAAGCGACACAAUGUUACUACAGGGGAGGCUGACCAUGCCGGAGAGGAGCAUGCAUAUGGCGGAGAGUGAGUUUCUGAGGGAGGAUGAGAAGCGGUUGGUGCGGCUGAAGGUGGGAAACAAAUUGGUGGGGAUCGACGCGACGCUGAUAGACCCGUUGCUGGGGAGGUGGGGGGUGAAGCUGAAGAGGUGGGAUAUGGGGAAAGGGGUGGGGAAGCGGAGCAGCGUGUCGUACGCCAUCAACGAUGGUUGGAACAAGGUACUGAAGGCACUUCAUUGGGAAGAUGGGAAUGGGGAUGGGAUCAUCGUUCAAGUAUGGAGCAUUCGCGUCAAUGGAAGCCUUUGGGUCGCAGUCGUGAGGCCAUAGCUUUGUUUUUUUUUAGUCUGAUAGAUCAUCGAGG